GCUGAACUUGGAACAUGUCAGAUUUGUGUAGAUGUAACUGUUAAAAAUACAAUAAAGUUAAAAGUUUCAUGCGCAGGCACAACUUUCCACCAACCGCGACUAAUGAACAGUUCUCAGGGAUUCGAAAGAUGAUGCUGCUCGCUGUGUGAAACAGCAGUGAGGUUACCCAAGCUAGAGACGUGUCACAUAUACAUAUACAUAAAAUAACAGAUUUCUUGUGGCAAGGAGCAAGACACUGAUUUGAUGUCCACUUGUAGUUACAACAGCUGCUGUGACACAUGACAGGUCUUAUGAAGGAUGGAAGAAAAGCUCUUCUGCAAGAAGGACAAUUUCGGUAACGAUAGAUGGUUUUUCGAUGAAGACAUUCGACUUCCUCCUUUACCACCAGGCUUACCCCAUGGGGACCGACUUAGCUAUAUUCGUAACCUGGACCUUAGACCUGACGAUGUCAUUAUUGCUGGCUACCCGAGGUCAGGUAACAACUGGCUUCAUCAGAUGAUCUACAUGCUAAAAGAAGGGUCUCUGGCUCCACCUCCCUUGUUCGGUCAGGAUUCACAUGUUGUUAUUGAGAACACCUCAGAGAACAGACACAUCCUCCCACCUGUCAAACCUCGCGUUCUCUUCACACAUCUCCUCUUCAAGGACCUGCCUCGGGCCGUGACUGACAAGAAGGUCAAGAUCGUGCACAUCACGCGCAAUCUCAAGGAUGUCUUUGUGUCCUUGCAUUGUUUCACAGAGAAAAUCGGCGUGUAUCAUCCCCCUUGGCCUGAGUUCUUUGCCACCAUGCUAGAUGACGGAUACUGGUAUGGAGAUGUCUUUGACCACGUGACAAGCUGGGAGAAGGCGAUCGACGAUCAUCCUGAGCAUCCAUUUUACUGUGUGACGUACGAAGACUUGACACAAGACGCAGUUGGCCAUCUGGAACACAUUGACCAGUUUCUGGAGACAAACAGAGGAAGACCUUUCUGCCAGGCGGUGGUUGAGAAAUGUCACAUCGACAACAUGGUCAAUCUGCGAAUGGCACAGGACGCUGUCAUUGAUCGCAACUUGCUUUUUAGAAAAGGAACUGUAAAAGACUGGAAGAACUGGUUCACUGUGGCGCAGAACGAGGAGUUCGAGAAGGUUGUCCGGAAGAAGAUGGCCGGCUACAAAAGUCUACAUAUUUACGAACUUGAAUAAUUGGUGGAAAAUUGCAUAUCUUCGCCAUUUUGACUUUUGUUACAAACUCCAGAAUUUAGCCUUUUUACUUAAAGGUCAACACGAGGGCAAUAUUCUUUCUCUAUAUUCGGGUUUAGUUUAUUUUGAAACAAUAAAUAUGAACAAAAUAAUUAAACUUUAGUUGCAAGAUAUAAUCUUUCUUGCUGGAUAAGGAUAAUGCUGAUAAUAUUGUUGUGUUUGUGACUGUCACGAUGUUACGUGUAGACAAGAAUGGUGUAGAAAGUGUUGAUGUUCAUAGCUGCUGCUUUAUUCCUUUUUGUUCUCAUAGUUUAACAGCUCUUUUUUUUUUUUUUUUUUCCUGUAUUUUUUUCUUUUUUUGUGUGUGUGUUUUUGUUAGGACGAAGUUCGCACGGCACGUUGGAACAAAGUUAAUUCACUGGUGUUUGUAGCCAGCAUCUUUAAGAAAUAAGUACAAACUCCAUUUGACUGUAUGACCGAACACUCACCAACAGCAUCUUGUGUCCCUGUCUGUUUUCUUUGACUAAGGAUUGCUUUGCUUCCCUUCAGUCAGCUCAUGCAGACGAUGCUAUUUUUAGAUAAUCCGCCCUUUUGUCACUUCUUGCUUUCUUGACCAAUCCAGGUUUAAUUAAGAGACAAAAAAAAAAAAAAAUUUCUCGUCGAAAUAUGUUUUAUGAUACUUUAUGCUGUAUUUCGAUGAGCACUCGGUUUAACCUUAAAGUUUUUAUGAAUAUUGUACUAAAAAGAAAGUAAUAUUAACAAGCGUUUUUUCCCAAUGGAAAGCAGAUAGAAAAUUUUAAUUCACACAUUCUUUCUCUCUUUUUGGUUCUUUCUUACUCACAUGCUUUCUUUCUACCGUCCAUCUUUUUUAAUUUGCUCGCGUAAAGACCACCCUAAACAGUUAAUUAAUGGAUGAGUUUUGGAAGCAGAAAUUUACCGGCUAGUUUUAUAUCGCCUAUAUCUACUGAUAUUUGAAAAAACCGCAAACGGUUGAGGUUGGUCUUUAACACAAAUUGAAUGAAUUUUGUCACAGGCACUUCAAGGGGUUGUGAUCUUUUAUUCCUUUAAUGCACUCUGACCUGAGGCUCAGCAAAAUUAUAUAUAUAUAAAUACUGA